CAACCUCGCCUACUGUUUCCUGUCUCUUUUUACUCGUGCUAUACAUCCGAAAUGGCAGACUCGGCUGCAGCACCAAAGGCGAAAGCCAAGGCUCCCAAGGAGAAGAAGGCUCCAAAGGAGAAACCUAGUGAGCCAGCACCCCUCAAGAAGAGGCCCUUCAAGAGACACGGACGUCUAUACGCAAAGGCCAUUUUCACUGGUUACAAAAGAGGUCUUCGUAAUCAACACGAGCACACUGCUCUCCUCAAAGUCGAGGGAGCCAGAUCUAAAGGAGACUCUGACUUCUACGUUGGCAAACGUUGUGUUUACGUGUACAAGGCAAAGAACAAGACUCCAGUUCCCGGAAAGACCACAAAGAAAACUAAAGUAAGGGCAAUUUGGGGUAAAGUGACACGUCCACAUGGCACCAGUGGAUCUGUUCGUGCUAAAUUCAAGAGGAAUUUACCUGCCAAGGCUAUGGGUCAUCGUAUCAGAAUUAUGUUGUUCCCCAGCCGAGUGUAAAAUUAACUUGUACGCAUUAAACAAAAAAUAAUAAAAAACCAUUUUGGGUA